CCAGACUUGGAAUUUAAUAAGUAAUUAAUUUAUGACUCUCACUUCAUUAUUGGAUGUCGAUUUGUGUGGUGGUGAUGCAUUGCAUACGUAAUGCAAAACUGUGCUAAUGGUCACGCUUCGAUAGGCACUUCACCGUUGCAACAUCAAUUUAUUAUUCGGUGCAUUGAAGACGGUAUCAGAUAUGUACUAACCGCAGAAAAUCUUUCUUUGCGAGUUUCUAAUUGAUCGAUAGCUUUUUUUUUAUCCACAAAAAAACUUGCGGCAUACCCACUUUUGCACUUUUUUGUUUGGUUUCUAGUUUUCAUACACAGCGUUUUGUUCAAUAGUAAAUUCAAAAGUCAUCGAGACUAAUCGCAAUUAGCUCUUGAGAGAUAUCAAUUAUAGCGUACCUCCUUAUUUUUUUUUUAUUACACUAUUGAAAGUGUGAUACCUUGUGUAGCAGGCCUCGCCUGAUAAUUAUGAUAGUAGUAGGCCUGGGAUUUAGAAUAGAAUAAAAUGUCAUUAGUUAGCCAACCACCAAUCAAGUCAGAAGCAAUAAACCUUAGCUUCUAGCUACCCACUGGCGUAGCCACGGGGGGGGGUUUUAGGGUUAAAACCCCCCCCAGAGCCAAAAUUUGUGGAACAAAUUUUCAGUAUAAAGCGCUUUGCGACGAAAAAAUUUUUCGGCUGCGCCGCUAUUUCCAAACUACGAAUACACUUGAUCAUUGCAUUUUACAAAAUGUAAGUGUCAAAUCAAAAAAGGUAUCAUUGACCGUUGAAAACCCCUCCCAGAGACAAUUUCUGGCUACGCCACUGUAGCUACCUGUUUUAUUCCCUUGGUUACGGCCGUGGUUACGGCUAUAACAGCUGGCGACGAGGAUGGGAUACUGUUCAAGCAACAAGCCUACACCCUCGGAGCCAUUCAAGCAGACGAAAUCCAGAGAGAACGUGAAGACGUGGAGUAUCCACACCGUUCGGAACGUCGGAAGCAAGCGGAAGUUCAUCCCGGUCGAGCUCAACGGUACAACAGUCAAGAUCCAGCACGACUCGGCGUCCGACAUCACCAUUAUCUCCGAAGAUACUUGGAACAGCAUCGGACAGCCACCCACUCAACCGACGGAGGAAUCUGCAGUAACAGCUUCUGGUGGCAACCUCAACCUUCUCGCCGAGUUCCAAACCGAGAUUACCAUCAGGAAUGUGACCAAAACUGGUCGCAUUUUCAUCUCGGACAACGCUGAACUCAACGUUCUUGGAAUCGAGACUAUGGAUCUAUUCGAUCUGUGGUCUGUGCCGAUCAGCAGCUUGGUCAACGUCGUACACCAACGUCCCGACCAACUACCCGAUGAAUACGUGAGUCAACUCAAGCAAAACUUCCCGGAGGUUUUCCGAAGCACGCUGGGUAGGUGCACUAAAGCGCAAGUGAAGCUGUACCUGAAGCCUGAUGCACGUCCUUCCUAUUGCCCGAAGCGACCCGUGCCGUACGCUGCGCUCCCAAAGGUAGAUGAAGAACUCGAAAGGCUCCAGAACAACGGUAUCAUUUCUCCGGUUCGAUUCUCGGACUGGGCAGCUCCAAUAGUCGUCGUACGCAAAGCGGACAACAUUUCGGUCCGUUUGUGUGGUGAUUAUUCAACGGGGUUGAAUGACGCGCUGGAAUGUGACCGCCACCCACUGCCUCAUCCUGACGACCUCUUUGCGGAACUGGCUGGAGCACGUUACUUCACACACCUCGACUUGUCUGACGCUUACCUGCAGGUCGAGGUCGAGGAGGAAUCGCGGAAGCUACUCACGGUCAACACCCACCGUGGCCUAUUCCAGUACAACCGAUUACCCCCUGGAGUCAAGUCGGCACCCGGCGCUUUCCAGCGCAUCAUCGACAGCAUGGUGGCCGACAUCCCUGGAGUCAAGCCGUAUCUGGACGACAUCCUCAUCGCUGGUCGGACCAAGGAGGAACAUGACCGCAAUCUCUACAACCGUAUACGUGAGUAUGGUUUCCACUUACGUCUCGAAAAGUGUCGUUUCGCACUCUCCCAGAUCGAGUUCCUCGGACAUAUCGUGGACAAAGAUGGCAUCCGCCCGGACCCUUCCAAAACCGAUGCCAUUUCCAAGAUGCAACCUCCGAAGGACGUUCAGCAGCUCCGUUCCUACCUCGGUGCUGUGAACUACUAUGGUCGAUUCGUGAAGCAGAUGAAGAAGCUCCGGGUCCCUCUGGACAACCUGCUCAAGAAAGAUGCCCGCUGGAAUUGGACCGACGAAUGCCAACAAUCCUUCGAGCAGUUCAAGGCCAUUCUACUCUCCGAUCUGCUGCUCACCCACUAUGACCCAUCCAAGGAGAUCAUCGUCGCAGCAGAUGCAUCGAAGUACGGCCUUGGCGCAGUCAUCAUGCAUCGGUUCCCGACCGGUGAAGUGAAGGCAAUCGCUCAUGCCUCUCGCUCACUGACCCCGGCAGAGAUGAACUACGGACAAGUGGAAAAGGAAGCAUUGGCCCUGAUUUUCGCUGUCACUCGCUUCCACAAGAUGCUGUACGGACGCCACUUUCUCCUGCAGACCGAUCACCAACCGCUCCUCAAGGUUUUCGGUUCCAAGAAAGGUAUUCCUGUUUACAUCGCGAACCGAUUGCAGCGUUGGGCCUUGACACUCCUGCUGUAUGAUUUCGACAUCAAGCACGUUUCAACGACAAACUUCGGCUAUGCAGAUUUCCUUUCGCGGCUGAUGUCAUCGCAACGAAGGCCGGAUGAAGAUUACGUGAUAGCCGCCGUAUACGUCGAAUCCGAAGCGAAAGCAAUACUCGAAGACACCAUCAGCAACCUCCCAGUGACGCACCAGAUGAUUGUGGCUGAAACACGAAAGGACCCAGUUCUCCAGCAAGUGGUGAGCUUCCUCAAGGAGGGUUGGCCGGCCCAACCGAAGCAAAUCGCAGAUCCAGAUGUCAAGAAGUACUUCGCAAGACGAGAUGGACUUCAAGUUGUCGACGACUGCAUCAUGUUCGGCGAUCGAAUCGUCGUUCCCCUCAAGUUUCGAAGGCGGAUUGUUCGACAAUUGCAUCGUGGACACCCAGGAAUGGAUCGGAUGAAGUCUCUGGCCCGAAGCUACAUCUACUGGCCGAAUGUGGAUGACGACGUAACGCAGUUCGUUCGAAAGUGCACAGCGUGCGCUGAAGCAGCAAAGUCUCCGACAAAAGCAAGCCUGGAGUCGUGGCCUCUUGCAGUCAAGCCGUGGCAACGCGUCCACAUUGAUUUCGCUGGCCCAAUCGACGGUUAUUACUAUUUCAUCAUCGUGGAUGCCUACUCGAAGUGGCCCGAAAUUUUUCGCACCCGUUCCAUCACCACAACUGCAACCCUGGAUCUGCUUCGUGAGACGUUUUCCCGUUUCGGCUACCCGGACACUCUGGUCUCGGACAACGACACGCAAUUCACCAGCGUGCAGUUUCAGCAGUAUUGCCGUGAAAAUGGUAUCACCCAUCUCCGCACUGCUCCCUACCAUCCGCAGUCCAACGGUCAAGCGGAACGAUUCGUUGGCUCCCUCAAGCGCGGUCUCAAGAAGCUGAGCAAGGGGGAAGGCUCACCCACACUGGAGCACCUGCAGACAUUCCUCUCGGUGUAUCGCUCAACUCCAAAUCGAAACACACCGCAAUCGACGUCUCCUGCAGAAGCGUUCCUUGGAAGACCAUUACGCACCACUUUGGACCUCUUGAAGAAGCCUGCUCCUGAAGCCCCAGGUGCCAAGAACCUCAAGCAGAAUGAGCAGUUCAAUCGCCGGCAUGGAGCAAUCAAGUGCGACUUCGAAGAAGAUGACCUGGUGUACGUUGAACAGCAUUUCCGGAAUACCAAGUCAUGGAUGCCAGGUCGAGUCAUCGAACGGAAAGGUUCUGUUCAUUACAUUGUGUCGCUGGAAAACAACGGAAGACCGAAGCUGGUUAGAGCGCAUGUCAACGAAAUGCGCCCUCGCUACGAUACCGCCGUUCCAGAACCAACAACGCAGCUACCGUGGGAAGUCUUGCUUGAUGAAGUACAGCUACAAGCUACAGCGGUACUGGCUGAUCCCGAAGAACAGCCUGAUAUUGUCGAAGCUCCUGUUCCUGUUGUCGCCCUGCCACCGGUCUUGGAAGAAGCUGCUGGUUCGGUACAAGCUACGUCUGGCAUUCCGCCGAUUAAAGAUGAUGAAGCUCCGACCGUACCACCGCCGGUGUCAUCGGAACCAGUUGAAGGAUAUCUGCGACGUGCUGUACGAGAAUCAAGAAUUCCAAGAUGGCUGUCGUCCUACGACAUAUUCUAUGAGGGGGAGAUGUAGCAGGCCUCGCCUGAUAAUUAUGAUAGUAGUAGGCCUGGGAUUUAGAAUAGAAUAAAAUGUCAUUAGUUAGCCAAUCACCAAUCAAGUCAGAAGCAAUAAACCUUAGCUCCUAGCUACCUGUUUUAUUUCUUGGUUACGGCCGUGGUUACGGCUAUAACACCUUGUAAUCAUAUAGACUUCCGUACUCUUUAAAUGUCUGCAGUAAUCUGAUUUAUUAUUCUAUCAUAUAAUCAUAGCCUACUAACAUAAUACAUGGCACAUCUCCUUUUUCAUAUAAUUUACAAUGUAAUUCCAUCAGUUUCAACGAUCUGGAAACUACGCUUUAUUAUUUAUAUACAAUCAAUAUUAAAUUCUAAAGUGUUUAUAAUUUAACUUCUUUAAACUCCAGCAAAUGUAUCUUCUUUUUUUUUUUCAAAACCUCGGAAUAACAGUCCAUCUUCAUCAGUGCGCCUCACUUCUGGGUCUUCUAUUACGGGUCCUCUGAGCAUCUCUUGACCGGUUUCCGUUCUCGUUGAACAACUAGACGCGGCCGGAAAAUCGAUUUUCUUCAAAUGUGCAAUGUUUCGUUCAUACGGUGCUCCAGCAUCCUGCUUCUCUAUAGUAGCCCGAUGACCUAUGCGUUCCAACACCUUGUAGGUUUGGGUACUAGUAGUGGACCCCCUAAGCCAUCGAAAUUUACUUCUGCUGCUUUUUAGCUAUGUUAGAGCAGUGGAUUGUUCCAAAGUGGAUUUUUUUAAUAAGUUUCACGUCCCCUCUUUAUGUUACGACCGUCAAACAUACACCAUUA